AUGAAAUCUAAUCAUAACUACGUUGUUCUUGUAGAAAAUGUGAUCCCGUUGUAUAGAUAUGCUGGUGGUGGUGCUUAUUUUUAUACAACAAGCGUCGAUGAAAUUGGAACAAUUAUGCCCGGUGGUAUUGGUAAAUACCAAUAUGUUUUUGAAGGUGUCGCCUGUAAUAUAUUUGCGACAUUGCAGCCUAACACAAUACCUUUAUAUCGAUAUUCUGCUAAUACAUAUUCGCAUUUCUACACAACAAAUUGGGCUGAAAUUGGUACUGAUGUUCCUGAUAAUUUUAAUAAUAAUCCAAAUUAUAAUCAAUCAUCAACAUCAUCAUAUGGUCAACAUGGUUAUAAUUUAUAUGUAUCACGUUUUAAUCCACCAAUAUCUCCUAAUAGUGAUUAUUCACAAUCAUUGGAUCCAAUAAGACAAAAUCAACUUCCACUACCUAUGCCACAACAAUCAAUGGUAAAUUAUGAUAUUUACAAAUUACCAUUAAUCCAUUCCUGGUCUGCUUCAAAUAUGCCUCUUAAUAAUAAUUCAAAUCAAUCAUCUUAUGGACCAAAUCAACAACGAGGCUUUGGAAAUAAUCUAAAUAAUUUUCGCGGAAUGAAUAAUCCAUUUAAUUUACCACCACUAUCAUCAGGUGGAAGUGGUGAAUAUAAUAAUGUUUCAUCAACACCAUCACCAUUUAUCUAA